UUAGUGUUCUUGUGUGCAAGGGGGCUAGUGAAGGUCAGGCUUUGGGACGCAACCACAGCGUCAGCAAAGGAGGAAAAAUUAAGGGGCAGCAUGGGCUGAAAAGCCCCCGAGUUUGAGGUUAAGCCAACGGGCUGGGCCUCUGGUAUCCUAGGAUCUGCCUUGCACACAACCUUUGGCCGUUUCUCGGUUUGAAUAUCGCCUGUACACUUUCAGACGAGACACUGUCUUACUGAGCGUUCUCACAGCGCCUAGCUCAGAGCUGACCGCAGAGCCGGCUCUCAAUAACCUCUAGACGCAAAAGCAGCUUUUGAGGUUAGGGGCGAAGGGCAUCGGUUUUACUUAUUUUAAGGCUGGCGCUCCGGUGCAGCCGGAUCCAACUGCCAGCACAAUGUUCCCGAUCACUUCUCGCUUCCAUUUCAGCCCAGGUAACGUCGGGAAACCCACAGGACCCACUAGGGGCUAAGCGGUUAAGCUGGCGUCCUUCGGGUGUCAGUCUCGAUCCGUUCGGAAACCACAAAAUCCAGAAUCCCUUGUGCCAGGAGGCCAGGCCGCAAAUAAGAUGGCUCCAGAAGAGUGGAACAUACAGCGGCGGGGAACCUAGUCGUUGGCAGUUUCUUCACGGGAUGUGUUUAAAUUGCCGAGUCCCCAUAUAUGCACCACCCCACAAACCUCCUUCCAGGCCGUGGAGGUCACGGCUGCCGCCUCGCCCGCUCCUCCAGGAGCAUGCUGGGAUUUGUAGUCCAGCCGCCGGACUGCGCCUAGCUACCUUUCCCAGCUUGCUCUGCGGCUCGGGUGAUAUCAACAGUCUUUUCCAGAACUCUGUCUGCACUGAGACCCCCUUCGCCCGGUCCUCUUCUCGCCGUCUACUCCUUCCCAUCUGUGGCGACAGAGCGGCGGUUGCAGGAGAGGCCCCGGUCCCUCGCCGCGCCGCCCCAAGCGGCACUUCCGGCGGCGGUUCACUUCCUGGUUGGGUGGAUGGAGCCGGGCGGGAGCGCGCGCGGGGGAGGGGCGGCGGGUCAGUCUCCGCCCGGCGCUCCCGGGAUCAGCUGGCGGGCGGGCUGGAGCCGAGCGCGGCCCCGGCUCUCGCUGCAGCGCCGCCUCCUCUCUGCGUCGCAGGCCGGCCCGGCGGCCGUGACAAUGUCGCGGGGCUGGUAGCUGGGCGCCGGCCGCCGAGCCGUCUCAAGUUUAAACUUACACGAAUCGCUUUCUGGAGGAGGAGGGGACCCGCCGCGCGAUUGACACGCAUAUUCCUAUAGGCAUCCUCCCUCAGCCCCAACCCCCACGGCCGGAUUCGGGUGGCUCCUCUCUGAGCUGAAAUCCGAGAAGAAAUCCUUGGAUCUCUUUUCUAAAAAAAAAAAGAAAGAAAAAAAAAAAAUCUAGAAACCAUCGGUAUUUUGCUUUGCUGCUCCCUAUUCGCAAGAUGAAGAAGUUUUUCGACUCCCGGCGAGAGCAGGGCGGCUCUGGCCUGGGCUCCGGCUCUAGCGGAGGAGGGGGCAGCACCUCGGGCCUGGGCAGUGGCUACAUCGGAAGAGUCUUUGGCAUCGGGCGACAGCAGGUCACAGUGGACGAGGUGUUGGCGGAAGGUGGAUUUGCUAUUGUAUUUCUGGUGAGGACAAGCAAUGGGAUGAAAUGUGCCUUGAAACGCAUGUUUGUCAACAAUGAGCAUGAUCUCCAGGUGUGCAAGAGAGAAAUCCAGAUAAUGAGGGACCUGUCAGGGCACAAGAAUAUUGUGGGUUACAUUGAUUCUAGUAUCAACAAUGUGAGUAGCGGUGAUGUAUGGGAAGUGCUCAUUCUGAUGGACUUUUGUAGAGGUGGCCAGGUGGUAAACCUGAUGAACCAGCGCCUGCAAACAGGCUUUACAGAGAACGAAGUGCUCCAGAUAUUUUGUGAUACCUGUGAGGCUGUUGCCCGCCUGCAUCAAUGCAAAACCCCUAUUAUCCACCGGGACCUGAAGGUUGAAAAUAUCCUCUUGCAUGACCGAGGCCACUAUGUCCUGUGUGACUUUGGAAGUGCCACCAACAAAUUCCAGAAUCCACAAACUGAGGGAGUCAAUGCAGUAGAAGAUGAGAUUAAGAAAUAUACAACGCUGUCUUAUCGAGCACCAGAAAUGGUCAACCUGUACAGUGGCAAAAUCAUCACUACGAAGGCAGACAUUUGGGCUCUUGGAUGUUUGUUGUAUAAAUUAUGCUACUUCACUUUGCCAUUUGGGGAGAGUCAGGUGGCAAUUUGUGAUGGAAACUUCACAAUUCCUGAUAAUUCUCGAUAUUCUCAAGACAUGCACUGCCUAAUUAGGUAUAUGUUGGAACCAGACCCUGACAAAAGGCCGGAUAUUUACCAGGUGUCCUACUUCUCAUUUAAGCUACUCAAGAAAGAGUGCCCAAUUCCAAAUGUACAGAACUCUCCCAUUCCUGCAAAGCUUCCUGAACCAGUGAAAGCCAGUGAGGCAGCUGCAAAAAAGACCCAGCCAAAGGCCAGACUGACAGAUCCCAUUCCCACCACAGAGACUUCAAUUGCACCCCGCCAGAGGCCUAAAGCUGGGCAGACUCAGCCGAACCCAGGAAUCCUUCCCAUCCAGCCAGCCCUGACACCCCGGAAGAGGGCCACUGUUCAGCCCCCACCUCAGGCUGCAGGAUCCAGCAAUCAGCCUGGCCUUUUAGCCAGUGUUCCCCAACCAAAACCCCAAGCACCACCCAGCCAGCCUCUGCCACAAACUCAGGCCAAGCAGCCACAGGCUCCUCCCGUUCCACAGCAGACGCCUUCCACUCAGGCCCAGGGUCUGCCCACUCAGGCCCAGGCCACACCCCAGCACCAGCAGCAACUCUUCCUCAAGCAGCAACAGCAGCAGCAACAGCAGCCACCACCACCACAGCAGCAACCGGCAGGCACGUUUUACCAGCAGCAGCAGCAGGCCCAGACUCAGCAGUUUCAGGCAGUACAUCCAGCAACCCAGCAACCAGCAAUUGCUCAGUUCCCUGUGGUGUCCCAAGGAGGCUCUCAACAGCAACUAAUGCAGAAUUUCUACCAGCAGCAGCAGCAGCAACAACAGCAGCAACAGCAACAGCUGGCCACAGCCCUGCAUCAACAACAGCUGAUGACUCAGCAGGCUGCCUUGCAGCAAAAGCCCACUGUGGCAGCAGGACAGCAGCCCCAGCCACCGCCAGCUGCAGCCCCACAGCCAGCCCCUGCCCAGGAGCCAGCGCAGAUUCAAGCCCCAGUAAGACAACAGCCAAAGGUUCAGACAACCCCACCUCCUGCCGUCCAGGGACAGAAAGUUGGAUCUCUCACUCCACCCUCAUCCCCCAAAACCCAGCGUGCUGGGCACAGGCGUAUUCUCAGUGACGUAACCCACAGUGCCGUCUUUGGGGUCCCUGCCAGCAAAUCAACCCAGCUGCUCCAGGCAGCUGCAGCUGAGGCCAGUCUCAAUAAGUCCAAGUCUGCAACCACCACUCCAUCAGGCUCUCCUCGGACCUCUCAACAAAACGUUUAUAAUCCUUCAGAAGGUUCUACGUGGAAUCCCUUCGAUGACGAUAAUUUCUCCAAACUCACAGCUGAAGAACUGCUAAACAAGGACUUUGCCAAGCUGGGGGAAGGCAAACAUCCCGAGAAGCUUGGAGGCUCAGCUGAGAGUUUGAUCCCAGGCUUUCAAUCAACCCAAGGUGAUGCUUUUGCUACGACCUCAUUUUCUGCUGGAACUGCUGAAAAAAGGAAGGGUGGGCAGACUGUGGACUCUGGCCUCCCACUUCUAAGUGUGUCUGAUCCUUUCAUUCCUCUUCAAGUACCUGAUGCACCAGAAAAACUAAUUGAGGGACUCAAAUCUCCUGACACUUCUCUUCUGCUCCCUGACCUCUUGCCUAUGACAGAUCCUUUUGGUAGCACUUCCGAUGCUGUAAUUGAAAAAGCUGACGUUGCUGUUGAGAGUCUCAUCCCAGGACUGGAGCCCCCAGUUCCCCAGCGCCUCCCAUCUCAGACGGAAUCUGUGGCCUCGAAUCGCACAGAUUCUCUCACCGGGGAAGAUUCCCUGCUUGAUUGUUCUCUGCUCUCUAACCCUACUACUGACCUUCUGGAAGAGUUUGCCCCCACAGCAAUCUCUGCUCCAGUCCAUAAAGCUGCAGAAGAUAGUAAUCUCAUCUCAGGUUUUGAUGUCCCUGAGGGCUCGGACAAGGUGGCUGAAGAUGAGUUUGACCCUAUUCCUGUAUUGAUAACCAAAAACCCACAAGGUGGGCACUCUAGAAACAGCAGUGGGAGCUCUGAGUCCAGUCUUCCCAACCUAGCCAGGUCUUUACUGCUGGUGGAUCAGCUCAUAGACCUGUAGCCGUGACCCAGUAGCAGAUGCAGUUCUGUAACCUUCAUACCGUAAAAUACAUUUUCAUUACGGAGUUAUGAAAAAAAUGAUUUUUUAAAAAAAAAUCUACAAAUAAGGGGCCCUCCAGCCCUUUUCUCCUACCCCUUGCCUUCUCCUGUAGAAAUGAUAAGGAAAGAAAAUCACUUUGGCCCUCCAGAUAUUCCUUGGCCAGUUCCUCCUUGUUAGUUUGCUGUGUUUUCUCAUUACCCUUCUUCAAUAGCAUUAUCUUAAAUCAAGCGCUAGAUGCCAUGAGCUUCACCUCUGCUGGAAUCGACUCCACCAAAAGCUUAACUGUAACUGAAACUAGUGAAUUGACAUUUUUGUCUCGUUCUUGCUAGGAAUGGCCUCCCAAAUCAAUUCUCCCAACCCCUGUCUCCUUUGGCCAGAUGCUGAUGAAUGUAUUUCCCUGUUUUUGCUUUUUAUCCUGAUGCAUUAUCAUGAGGACAUGGCUACUUCAGUUGGUCUUAACUCUAGGCAUUAGCCUGGAGAUGGGUGUGUGGUUUAAGAAAGGGUAAAACUUACUGACUGGUAGUAUACAUUUGAGAAGAGAAAUUGAGCCCAGCUCUAGCCAAUCAACUUUGACCUUGUUUGAUCAUAGACUUAGCCAAGGGAUUUUACACCCCAUGCAACCUGCCCAGCAUUCGUCCAGCUUUCUGGCUUCCAUUGAACCGUGAUUUCUCAGAUCUGGAGACGUGACUGCAAGUACUUGAGAUCCUUGGAUAAAAUGUGUACGUUAUAUAAAUCCCAAGUAUUGCCAUUCCUUUUCAUGUUAACUGUUCCAAGUGGGAUCUCAGAAUUAGACCAAAACAAGACAGUGGUGGUAAUAUGAUACCUUUUAUUAGAAGACUUUUCACUGGGGCGGGGGUGGGGGGAGGAUGGGGAGGGGAAGGAAUUGUAGCAGAAACAGAUGUAUUUUUCUUGUGAUUUUUAUUUUGAAUCAAAUAUUGUAAAUUGUGUAUAAAUGAAGAUGCUGAAUAGUUCUGUUUCCACUUGGCAUUUCAAGUCUGAUAUCAGGUGUCUGUACAGGGUUUUGAUCUCUUCCCCUUGUAUAACUACACAGCAAUCCUACAGUGUAACAUAUGGAAUCAUUUUGAAUAGACUUGUGUGUGGCUAUAAGCUUUCAGCAGGUCCUCUGUCUCUAGAAUACGCAUGUUGUUUAUUUUCAGAUAAUCGGAAAUAAGUGUGCUGACAAGCUGGACACAAUCUGGGUGCGCCCGGCUUACCUUUCUUUCUGAUGUUUAAAUUGAAGGCUGCAGCCAAUGGAAUAUGUUCAGUUGGUUUUCCUUGGCUUCCUAGAUUAAAAAAAUAAUUAUAAAACAAAGCAUAGUUCUUUAUUAACUUUAGGAUAUUGUUCAUAAAAUAAAUAAAGGCCCCUGCACUAACAUGACAACAUGCCUCAUGGUCACCCUCUGUAUUAUCACUUACUCACCACUUACUCAUUAAAGUGUAUUUUAUUUCCUUAUGUGGAAAACACUUUUAUAACAUCACCCUUUUGAAAAGAAGUGGGCACAGAGAACCCCAGUCUUGUUCUCUUCCUCUAGUGCCAUUGUCCAUCAUCAAAAGGGAAACUCUCAGUUAAUCAGAUUUGUACAAAUAAAAUUCCAAGUCCAUUUGCUUGUUUUGCUAUCUAGUACUUUUGUUUCUUCUUCCUCAUGUUUGCACUUUAAGAGGGGAAAAGGUUUAACAGUCACAACAGUAUAAAACACUGCAUUCUGGAGGGCAAGGUUUGACCCUAGGAAUGUGCGAGCAGCCUUUGAAAGGCAUUGGAGGAAAAGUCUGAAUCUUCCAGCCUUCCUUCUGUCUAUGAAUACUUCCCGUGCUGGCUGAAACAAGAUGAGCUAGGUAAAGGCCUCUAGAUGAUAACAGAUCAUUUCUAAAACUGAGAGAGGCACAAGCUUCCUGCCGAGGAUUAAAAAGCAAAAGAUAUCCACGAAGGGGUCUCUGUGGUUGGAUAGCAGUGAAAAUAGGACUUGGUUUACCCCUUUAUGGAUAGGAAAAUUGCUGCAGGUCAGAAUUGUAUUCUCUUUCCUGGACAUAGAAAGAAUGUAUGAAUUAAUGAAGGAAAUGUUUAUUUUUAAAUAAGAAUAAUGUUUGAGUUCUAUGUUUUCAUAUUUGAUUUUUUUCAUAUAUACAUGUUAGAAAUAUGAAAUAUCUAGUUUCUCAAUUUAAUUGAAACUAUGAAGAAUACAGUUUAGAAAUUAGGUAUCUCUAAAUUGUUCUUUUCAUGCAUUACCCAUGAUUACAUUGAGAUAUAUUAUCUAGUCAUUUGGCUCAGUAAAGCUUAAUGGAGGCAGUUAAUGAAAAUGAGCAGACUAGAAGCCAGAGACGGUAGUAGAAGCCUGAGGGAGAUAAUGACAAGAAAUCAUCUUGGGCUUAUUUAGAGUAAGGCCUCCUCAAAGGGGAGAACUGUUUUUCUGUAAAGGAACACAUAUGAGUGCUUUGGUAAACGGAGCCUUCCUUGGUUUAGAGCAUCAUCCCUGAGCUAAAAGAGUUUCUUUGAGUUGAGCAUAGUGUCCUAGUACCUGUGGAAUCAUAGCCUGAGCUACUAAGGGACCUUUGAGACCAUCCUCUAGUCCACCAUCCUCUUCAUUUUACAGGUGUGGGACCUGAGCUGGAUUGAACAGGGUCGGGGGAGAAGAGGCCUGGGCAGGACAGGCCACCUGGGAUCUCAUCCUGGCCCUUGCCAGCCACUGGCUGAGUGACCUUCAGCAGGCACUUCACCUCUCAGAGCUGCUGUUCCUUAGAGUUAUACAAUGGGUUUGGACUAGAUGGUCUUUAAGAUUAUAGAAGUAUAGGGACCUAAGUAUAUAUUAUUAUGUUUAGAAGGGCUAUGAAGGAUUUAUAUAAUCCUGAUGUUCUUCAGUUAUCUUCUGUAGUUCCUGCUAUUAUGGCAGCAGUGUUUACAUUUUAAAGAAUUAUAAUGGGCUUUUACUAACUUGCUUUCUCUUGAUAUCUGAAUAGAAGCCUAAAUCAUAGUCUUAGAGAUUUUCCUUUUUAAGUAUUACAGAAACACAUGCGUCCACACACACCUACCUAUUCUAAUAAAAUGGUAUCAGAAGAUUUCUUUUUAAAUGUAUAAUCAGGGAUCUACCAGUUUAAAACAGGCAAAUACUAUAAGCAUAUGUUUCUGAUCUGCUUUUAUUCCAGCUAUGUAAGAGGAAUAACUAUAGCAGAAAACAUCACAAAUUGAUUUUUCCCUUUACAACAUUCAAAUGAGUCCCAGUGUUUUCAAAAAUACAUACCUCAGAGGAGAUAAGGCUUAAGUGGACACUUCUAAGUAUGAUUAUAAUUGUCAUAAUUAAUGAUUUCUUUAGCAGACAUAUCAGAAUUUUGACAUCUAAUUAAGUGUUGUUCCCUUCAAUGUCAUCUAGUUUUACUUAAGAAGUUAAUACUUAUUCUAAUGAUGCUGCCAUCCUUAAAGUUAUUUUUGAAACUCCUCUCCUUAGAAAUAAUAUCAAGGAAGGUAAUAAGGUAUAAGAAAAUCAGUUAUAUUAUUUAAUUAGUAUAACUUUGAGAAAGCAUCUGAAAGUAUAUUCAUUCUUUAUCUACCUUUUCUAUUACUCUUGGUUCUGAGUAACAUUUAACCAUUUCCAGAAAGCAAAUUCAACCCUGUAAGAUGAAGAAUGGUUACUGUUGAAGACGGUAAAAAAGAAUAAUCCACAAAAAAUUCUCAGAGGACCUUAUAAUAGAAAGUGAACAUGACUAAGACUUAAUUUCUUUAAUAUUCUGAAUAAGGAAACUUCUGUGAUUCCCUAGUCUUUAGAAUGGUUUAAAAAAUGGAAAGAUAUGGGUAUUAAAACACCUCUGAAAGAAGUUGUCACUUUGUUCAGUGUUAUUUGAUAUUGGACUUUACUUUUCCUGAAUUAGAAUUACAGGACUUGGAUUGCUAAUACUUGUGGGAAAAACAAACUCAAGAAACGAACCUACUUUUCUCAAGAUGUAAUAUUUGUUUUGUUAUUAAUAUUUUUGUUUGUUUUGAAUACUUAUUUCCUACUCUCCUGACAGAUAAUUGAUCAACCAAUAUAACCUUCCCCAGGUCAGGAAUAGUUCUGCCUUCGGCAGUGCUAUGGGAAUGAAGGGAUCUCUGGGGCUGACAGCCUAUGAUGUGUAGGGAUCUGCAGUCAGCUGAAUAAAUACAUGCUAUAGAUACCUUGGGUCAAAAUACAGUCUCUCGUGAUAAGAUUUUUCUGUGAUUUCCCAGAGUCCUUAACCUUCUCAGUCUGUAAGAUUAUCAGGCUCCCAUAGCCACUAACUUUGAGCUUUGGGAUGAAAAUGACAGGAUUGCCCAGUGUGCUGGGUUAAGCAAAUUAGAGGCUGCCUGGCAGAACAGAAAGACUAUCACAUGAAUAUUUAGAAUGGAAUCUUUCCUGAAACACUCCAGAUACUGCAACGCUCUCUUUUAUUCCUCUCUAAAGGCUAUAAUUUUAUCAACACAAAGUCAGCCUUUUCUUUUUCCACACUAGUAAUGUUUCUGAAGUUGGACGUGCUUAGGUUUCUUAAAUCAGAAUGAGUCCCAGAAAAUCUAUAACAAGAAAACUCUUUUGCUUCUCCCAGAUUUCCUUUCAUUAAUAUGGGAUAGGGAGGCUCCUUGGGUAAUGCUAACCUAUACAAAGAAGUUACCAAAUGGUGGUAGUUGCUAGAAUGAAAGACACUUUCUUGGUUCACACUUUCAUAUAGUGUCCUGAAUUUACUCUUUUCCUGUGAGUAUUCUACUCUGCCCUAUUGCACUCUCCUUUGCCAUGUGGAUGUGUAUUUAUCAUAGGUCUUUAACCCGUCCUUCCCAAGAUGACAAAGCAGACAGUUGUACAUGAAGAUACACAGUAAAAAUGUGAAAUUUGAACAUUGCUGCACAAGUAUUGUAUAAAAAAAAAAAGUCUGUAAAGAAAUUUCUUAUGUAAACAUACAGGGAAAAUAAAGACUUUUAUCUGUUCCAAUGGGAGAAUGAUGUUUAGAGAUGUAAAUAAAAUAAGUUGCUCUUUU